UUGGAGAAGAGACAGAGGCCAAAAAUGCCACCGGCAACAGCAGCGCCACAGUACCCACCUCCAGAUGGAGGUUGGGGAUGGGUUGUGGUCUUUGGGGCUUUUAUCUCCAUUGGCUUUUCCUAUGCAUUCCCCAAAGCCAUCACAGUAUUCUUCAAAGAAAUACAAGAAAUCUUCCACACAUCAUAUAGUGAGAUAGCUUGGAUAUCAUCGAUAAUGUUGGCUGUCAUGUAUGCAGGAGGUCCCAUAAGCAGCAUUUUGGUGAAUAAGUAUGGUAGCCGGCCUGUGAUGAUAGCAGGAGGUAUCCUGUGUUCAUUUGGUAUGAUUGCUUCCUCUUUCUGCAAUAGCGUCCUGGAACUUUAUCUAUGUAUUGGUGUCGUUGGAGGUCUGGGUUUAGCAUUCAACUUACAGCCCGCCUUGACCAUGAUUGGCAAGUAUUUCUAUAAGAAGCGUCCCAUUGCUAAUGGAUUGGCCAUGGCUGGAAGUCCAGUGUUUCUGAGCACAUUGGCACCUCUCAAUCAAUUCCUCUUUAAUGCGUUUGGCUGGAAAGGAAGCUUUCUCAUUCUGGGAGGACUUCUUUUGAACUGCUGUGUGGCUGGGUCACUUAUGAGACCUGUUGGACCGAAAACAGUCCCUCCUGUGAAAAAAGAUGUUGAAAAAGGCACAGGAGAUUCUGCCUUGCACAAAAACAAUAAGAAGUCUUUUUGGCAAACUAUGAAUAAAUAUCUGGAUCUGUCUCUCUUCAAACACAGAGGGUUUCUGAUCUAUUUGUCAGGAAAUGUCAUUAUGUUUAUCGGUUUCUUCGCCCCAAUAGUAUUCUUGGCUCCUUAUGCCAAACACAAGGGAAUUGAUGAAUAUUCUGCUGCUUUUUUGCUAUCUAUCUUAGCCUUUGUAGACAUGUUUGCUAGGCCUUCAAUGGGACUCGUAGCAAACUCCAAGUUUAUACGGCCAAAGAUUCAGUACUUUUUUAGUUUUGCUGUCUUGUACAAUGGAGUCUGUCAUAUCUUGUGUCCUCUGGCAACAAAUUACACUGGCUUGGUGAUAUAUGCUGUAUUUUUUGGGUUUGCAUUUGGAAUGGUUAGCAGCGUUCUUUUUGAGACAUUGAUGGACCUCGUUGGGGCUGCCAGAUUUUCCAGUGCGGUUGGACUUGUCACCAUCGUGGAAUGUUGCCCUGUGCUCAUAGGCCCUCCUCUAGGAGGUUGGUUAGUGGAUGUUACUGGUGAAUAUCAGUACAUGUAUUUUGUCUGUGGAGUGAUUGUGAUUGUGGCCAGUAUCUGGUUGUUCAUUGGCAAUGCCAUUAACUACAGGCUUUUGGCAAAAGAAAAGAAGUUAGAAGAUGAGAAGCAGAAAGCACAGAAGAACGCUGACUCAAAGGAAGCAGAACCAUUAACAAACAAUGAGAACGAAGAUGCUGCCAGCAGAGCUGAUAAAGCUCUUGAAGAUCCUUCAGAAAGAGAAACCAAUAUUUAAUCCGCAAUAUAGCUCAGAAGGCAACAUUUAUGACUUCCAUUAGAAAUAUGUCUUCAAGACACAGGCUAGGUUUUGUGGUAAUAAUGAUCAGUCGCAAUAUUGGAUGGGAACAGAUUUUUGCCCCAUGGCAAGACUCUAAGUUAAAUUACUUUCUACAGUUUAUUUAUUUCAAUGAUACAAAAUUGAGAUUACAGAGGUAGUGGCUCCAUGCAAAUGAGUCCAUCAAACUAUGACUCUGGACAAUCAAGAGUCAGGUAAAUCAAGCUAUAUAUAAAGCCUUCCAGUGACAAACAGUUUUGUUUUAAAAGUAUAUCUAAUGCAAAAGUACCUCUUAUUCUUAUUUGGGGAGAUACUUUGUGUUCAUCUUUAGAGUAUUGUUGAAACAAUCUGCCCAAACUGUACUUACCACUAAUAUUAAAAAGAAUAUAUUUUGUUUCAAAAGAGACAGGCUGAGUGAAGCACACUGAAACUUCUUUCUCUUUUGUGUGCCCACUAGAUCAAAAAGAUACAUUAUGUCUGUAUAAACAAUUAUAAUAUGGGUGUAAAAGUUAAGGCUAGAAGACGAACAAUUGGUGGGCACCAUCUCUAAAAUACAAUAAACAGCUGAAUUACAAUAUAUUCCAGAAGUUGUUUUCUCCUGUGAUAGCUGACUACAUUGUACUUCAACAUACACAUUUGAACACGAAAUACGUUCAGACCUCACUAAUUCAAACUAAGCUAAAAUCUGCCUGUACAUAAAAGGAUUUAAAACCAAGAUUUGCAUUGCUAACGAGUG